UCCGAGCCCUGUGGGCACUUUGUGGUACCAGGAGUGCGACUGGGGCACCCCCAGCCCCACAGGCAGCCAACCCUGUGCCAUAAGAUGCUUUUCCCAUCCCUGCUGCAGUCUGUGCUCCGGGCCAGAGGCUGCUGAGAUGGCUCAGAGCGCUGAGCUGCAGCCCAGCUUCGAGGAUGUGUUCAACAUUCUGUGCCAGGCCCCAUCAGAGAAACUGCUGAGCCUCAAACUCAAACUGAAGCACUCGAAACCCGGGCCCUGCAGCAAGGCACUGCAAGCUAUGGUCCUGCUCACUCUGGGGCAAGAAACGGAUGCAAGGAUUUGUCUGGAUGCCCUGAGGGAUAACCAGGCAGCCCAGUACAUCCAGCAGAUCAAACUGGGCGCUGCAGGAGUGCAGAAAGAUGGGGAGGCUGUGCAGCCACCCCAGCUGGAUGCAGGUGCAAUGGCACUGCUGGCACAGCUGUACUCAGUGCUGGCACAGGAAAAGCUCUGCAGUGUUGAGGCCGGGGACAGAGCCUGCCAGGCUGCCACCAAAGCCAGCAAGGACACUCAGCGGGGGACACUCAACAACAUCCCACCCAAGGAACAGGACAGACAGGGCUCUGCAGCCAGCUCAGGGGACAGGUUUAUGACACUGAGAUCCCAUGAGGAUGCAGAAUUUCCAUGCACAGCCAGCCCCCACUACGUGCUGAGGAGUUCACCAGUGCAGAUCAGAGGCAACUCAGACCUUUCACGCCCACGGACCUUGUGCUCUGAGGGGAGCGCCUCCCUGUCCAGCUGUUUGGAGAUCAGUGCAUCACCAACAGUUGCUUUUCACACCCAGCCCUCUGUCCCCGAGUGUGUCCCCUGGCCCAGCAGUGCUGGACACCCUGAUGGGGACACACAGAGCCAUGGCCCGCAGGAGUCCAGCUGGGCCAGCACACCCAGCUCUGCCCCUGGGCAGGACAGGGCUGCCCAAGAGCCCUGGCCAGAGAAGGCUCUGCAGCCCAGUCCCUGUCACACCACCCCUCUCCCUAUUCCUGAGACACCACUGCCCUCAGAGCCUGCCCAGAGCAGUGACGUGUCCAGCACAGUGACAGAGCCUCACACAUCAAGAGACGAGCAGCAUGAAGAGCAGAAUGAAGAGCAGAAGGAUGAAAGGAUAAAAAUCUCUACUGGUGUUCCUGACCCAAGGGCUGCAGUGGAUACUGCUCCUGCCCGCAGGUCCAUAGAGGAUUCCUACAUUCCAGGCAAUCCCUGUAACUCUGCACCUGCUUCUAUUUCAAACUGUUCCCUUCCUCCUCCUUCUUAUUCCUUCUCCUCAACUCUUCGUCCUCUUCAGGAAUCUCACUCCAACGUUUUACAUCCCCCUCCCCUGCGCUCAUCCCCCUCUCCAGCCUCUCCUGCUUUCCAGGAUCCAGCUGUGGAUCCAUCAGAGCCAGAGUUCUUCACGUUUGUUGUCCUGCACGCCAGUGAAGAUGAGCUCGUGGCCCAGCGGGUCAAGAACCUUCUGGAGAGCAUGGGAGUGCCCAAUGGUGCCACAAUGAGUGAGGAGUUCUUCAUCCCAGGAUGCAGCCACAUGACUUGCUUCCAGGAGGCCAUGGAAAACUCUGCCUUCACGAUCCUCCUGCUGACCAAGAACUUCCCGUGCAAGCUGUGCCUGUUCCAGACAGACACUGCUCUGAUGCAGUCCAUCCUGGACCCCUCCAAGAAGGACUCAGUCAUCCCAUUCCUACCUAAGGAAAACGCCCUGGACUGCAGGCAGAUCCCCAGGAUGCUCAGUGCACUCGUGACCCUGAAGGAGAGCUCUCCUCUCUUCUCCAGGAAUGUGGACAAGACUUUCAGCCCCAAGAGGAUCACGGAGAAGAAAGCCCAGUGGAUGGAGAGAAGGAAGUUCCAAACCCAGCAGAAAUUGGCUGCCCUGAGCCUGGGCUCCCAUCCGUGGCUGCCUCCAGGAGCACCACGGCCACCAGAGCCAUCAGCCCAGCCCUGGUGUCCCCCUGCCCCCACGGACCCCCCAGGCCACUACAGCAUCACAGCAGGCCAGGGGGGGAUCCCACCCCUCAUCAUCCAGAACGCCCGCAUGGUUCAGAUCGGGAACCACAACGUGAUGCAGGUGGAAACUGCCCCACCUGGGCCAGGGGACAGCCAGGAGCACACCAGGCACAAGGUCUGA